GUGUGGGUGUGUGCUGCACCAGACAUCAGCAGCAGGUUGAGAGCCGACACACAGAGAAAGCAAGAGAGAGAGAGAAUAAAGGAAUAAAGCCAGAGAAAGAAAAAGAGUAAAAACAGUCCUUCAUUCACCUCUCUGUGAUAACUUCAGAACAGCUUCUUGCAGCCCGGUGCACACAGAAAUCGAGACUCAUCAGACCAGGCAACAUUUUUCCAGUCUUCAACUGUCCAAUUUUGUUACAAUGCUGCCUGGUACCAGGCCCCUGCUACUUUGCAUGCUGUGUCAUGUGACCAUCACAUGGGCGUUUUACCGCAUGUCUGACGCUGUGGAGCUGCGAUCUGCAUUCUCUGUGGCGCGUACCAGCAGCAUGGAGGGAGGACCUAAGAUGGUUGUCACUUUUGACAAGGUCUAUGUCAACAUCGGUGGUGAUUUUGAUCUGAAGUCCGGCUUGUUCCGCUGCAGAAUUCCGGGCGCCUACUAUUUCUCUUUUACUGUGGGGAAGUUUCCUCGUCGAGACCUGUCGGUCAUGCUGAUGAAGAACCGUAAUGAGGUUCAGGCAAUUGUGUAUGAUGAGAACGCUGGAGAGGAGCGUAAAGUGCAGAGCCAGAGUGCCAUGCUGCAGCUGGAUUUCGGAGACACCGUCUGGCUUCGUCUCCACGGAGACCCACGCUAUGCCAUCUAUAGCAACACCGGUCAUUACACCACCUUCAAUGGUUACCUGAUCUACCCUGAUGUAUAUGGCUACCAGGAGCCCAUACACAAAGAGCACAACGUUGACAAUCAGCCACCCAAAACCAUUGAUCACAUACUGCCUGAGCACGACAAUACAAUUAUUAAAGACACGAGUGUGAGCAUGAAAGAGGAGAGAAGACGUGAAGAAAUACAAGAGCAAGAAGAGAGAGAUGUAGAGGAAGAUGACGAGGACCAAAGGUCUGCGUUCUCAGUGGGUCGCACUCAGAGCAUUGUGGGAAUGGAUCAAGGAUACCCCGAGCACCAUCCCAUCACCUUUGACACAGAAUUCGUAAACAUCGGAAACAACUUCAACAUGACCACUGGUAUCUUCAAAUGUAAAGUGACAGGAGCCUAUUACUUUUCAUUUAAUGCUGGCAAGUUGCCCCAUAAGACCCUGUCGGUGAAGCUGAUGAAGAACCACUUAGAGGUACAGACCAUGAUCUAUGAUGACAGCGACACUGAGAAGGCCUUGCAGAGCCAGAGUCUGAUGUUGUCUCUGCAGCAUGGAGACACCGUCUGGCUCUAUAGCCACCAGAAAGAUGGAUUUGGUGCUUACAGUAAUCAUGCCAAGUAUAUCACUUUCACCGGCUUCUUGGUAUAUCCUGAGGUCCACCGAAGCAAUCUUCAGGAGCAGAAAAAGGAUAAGACACUGUAGACCAGCCUAGUGUGGGCCUUGGGAAGGGUUGGUUGAAUGUAUACUUAUCAGUGUUUGCAUUAAGUGUAUGUUCUUAUACACUUUAGAAAUCAAAAGUCUUCAAACUAAUGGUUUGCUGUUUAAGACUUAAUAUUCCAAAAUCUCUCCAGUUCUUGUUUUGUCUUUUAUUAUAUUAUAUUAGAGUACCCAUUACAGUUCACUAAAACUGGCUAACAGAAUGUUCUAGGGUCAAUACAAGUUAAAAUUGGUUUACAGAUACAAUAAUUUGGCUGUUUCCAUAUUUAAAUUGUAAAGAAAAAGUAGUGGGCAAAAGUAUAAUGCACUUACACUAUCAGAAAAAAUGCCAUAAAAUGUUCCCUUCUGUCACUGGGCCAGUAACCCUUUAAAAGGGGUCCUAAUAUGUACCAUUCAGGUAAAGAUAUGUAUCCAUUUUAUACCAAUGUGUACCUUUGAGGUACUUAUAUAGACUUGUUGGUAUCAAUAUGUACCUCUAAGGUACAAAUAUGAACUCCUUAAGUGCAGAGGUAUUUUUUGAAAGGGUCCCAUUUUAAUGACAGCUAGGGCCCAUUUUUUGACGUAUGUGAAGUUCACAUUAAAAUAAUUUAAGCACUUUGUUUAAAAACAUUAUUUGAACAGUGCUGUCAAUUGAGUUAAUUUAUUGAAUGCAUUGAACCGAGAACAUUCUAGGCACUGGUUCUCAAACUUUUUUGGCGUGAAUUAAUGUAUUUUAAAAAUGUAAAACUGGCUUCGCCCUGGCACCACCUCACAGCCCCAGUUUGAGAUCCACUGUUUUAAGGAAUUAAUUAUCAUAUUUGUAUAAUUAGAAAACACAAAAGCCUAAUUUAAAUAAAAAAAUAUGAAAAUCAUAUCCAACUUUCCAAACUAUCUUAAGAUACAUUAAUUAGACCGGUCCAAUCUAAAUCUGUUUCAUACUCUCUCAAAUCAAAUAAACUGAAAUCAAAUAAACUGAUUAAAUGCAUGCAUACUUUAAGUGAAAAAAUGUUUUGCACGAACGAUUUGCAUGAGAUUCUUAUGUUUCGGUUGGUAUUUCCAUUGUAAGAUCAGUAUUCAUUGCACAAAAAUUAGGCAAAAUUUGCACUCUGAUAAAUCAUAUAGGGGUGGUUUCCCGGACAGGGAUUAGACUAAAAAAAUGUAAGAGCAGUCCAAACUGAAAACAAUUUGCACUGACAUUUCUUAAAAUUAAAUACAUCAGUGUCCUUUGUUUCACCUCAAAAUACACACAAGUAAUGUUUUUAGUAAGGCAUGUUUGUUAAAACUAGUUAUAUUUCCUAAUUAAACUAAGGCCUAGUCCUGGGGCAGAUCCAUAGGGGCCACCCUUUAGGGGCAGAUCCCGGACAGGGUUUAGAUUAAUCCAGGACUAUAUAUAGGCCGUAGUUGUAUAAGGACACAAGUAGUUUUUACAAGCAAACCUUACAAAAAAAAAAAAAAAAUUACAGGUUUGCACCUUGAGACAAAACAACAGCACUGAUAUGUGUUAAGAUAUGUCAUUGAUGUGUUUUUAAAUGAAGGCACGUCAGACAUGCAUUUUAGUCUGGGACUAGGAUAAGCCCUGUCUGGGAAACCGCCCCAUAGUCCAUAUUUUGAAAUAGCACUACAUUUCAACUAAGGAUUGCUUCUGUAAAUUUAUCGCAUAUGGCCAGAAAUUUGCAUUGUGUGCAGAGGUGAAAAAUGCUAAAUGUACAAUGAUUUUAUUUACAGCCAAUCAUAUUUACAUUGCUGAUGUUAAUGAUUUUGAAAACCAGUUAAACGUGCUGUAAUAUUAUGGUAGUACAUUUUAAAAAAUAUAUCAAAUCGAUAUCAAAUCGAUCAGAUCAGUUAAUUUAAGUUAUUUGAUUUUAUACUGUUCUGUGUAUAUGGCCAUAAAGAUUUAUUUAGGUAAAGAAGCAUCAAGUGUAAUUCAAAAAUGUAAAUACUUUUCUGUUUUCUAUCCAUUUCUAUAUGAGUGAACAUAUGAUUUUCUAAUUCUGUGCCUGGUCUUAUCUGUAUGGGUUUUAUCCAAUAAGUAAACUUUGUGAAAAGAGUGCUGAAUAAGCUUUUUGGUGUUUGUGCAGUAUGAGCUACAUUGUUAAGUACUGUAAAAGUGGAUCAGUGUGUGCUGGGUUCUUACUGUGGAAGGAACCAGAUAUCAAAAGCAAACCAAAUAAAAACUUUAAAUGUUAACAUUUAA